AUGGACAUUGUACAAUUGGACCAGCAUACUUCACUAAGUCCAUGGAAACGUCGUGGGGACUAUGCGGCACUUGACAAAGGAGCACUGAUAAACAUUGUUCAAUCAUUUGGAAUUCUGCUAUCAAGGUGUGAAGAGGCAGCUGGUGCAGCUGCUGCCGCUGCAGAUCACCAGCUACCCAUGUCCGGCGACGAGGAAACGACGCCAGUGAUGCCAAGAUUCAGGCGUGUGAGAAGGGUGUUAGAAUACGAAUCUUCCCCAGAACGUGAUGAUGGUGCCGACGACGAACAUAGCGCUGAUGAUGACGAAGGGAUUUUCGUCACACAAAGAUUCCCAGACGAUACCGACACAGCAUCGGAACACUCCAUCCAAUACGCUCGAGAGGAGGACGGCCAGCACUGGUUUACGGACGGUGAAGACAGUGAUGAUGACAUAAACAGUGAUGUGAUGCACGUUGAUGACGUCAUAGAUUUAACAGGCGGCUCCUACAAUAACGAUGAUGGAAAUGAGGAUGAUGAUGAUGAACCGACGGCGGAUUUCACUGUUGCUAACACCGUCGAUUUUAGUGAGAGUUUUGAUGAGAAUGAUUACUUUCUCCAAUGA